CCAGUCAGCUGCAACAGGAACUCAAUCAGAAUUAGGAAUAGCUGUAUAGAAGAAGUAGAAAGGAUUAUAUAAGUACUGGAGAUUUGGGUUGGUGGGUGUAGUAGAAGAUCAGCACUGAAAUUUGUAAUCUCGCUAUGAAUUCCGAAGUGGAUCAGCAGCGCCACCAAGAAGAGGUUCGUCAAAUUAGUGACAUCGUAGGAGAAGAUGGACGUUGGCAAAGGAAGGUCUUUAUCUUGGCAUUUCUUUUACAAAUACCGAGUUGCUGGCACACGUUGGUGAUGACAUUUCUUGCUCCAAAUGUUGACCACUGGUGUAAACGCACUCUCCUGGACUCCAACUGGACGCUAAGCCAGUGGAAAUCUGAGAACAUUCCCCUGGAAAUGGAUCGGGGUGAACAAUUGUUCAGUAAAUGUAAGAUGUACGUCAAAACUGGAAGAAACAUAAGUGCUCCAGGACUCGAACCGAAUGUAGGAAACAUUGAUUUCUGCAAGGACUGGGACUAUGAUAACUCUUUGUUCACCUCGACCAUUGUUAGUGAGUGGAACUUGGUAUGUGAUAGAGAGUGGCUGGUGUCGAUGAGUCAGUCUGUCUUCAUGUGUGGAUUUCUGGUAGCUGUGUUGGUCUUCGGCCAGAUGGCAGAUAGGUACGGACGUCGCCCUGUUAUUCUCAUCUGUAUCGUCCUGACGAAUGUUUUCGGAAUACUGUGCACCUUUUCUCCCAACUUCCUUGUAUUUAGUAUCCUGCGUUUCUUGAUCGCUGUUGGAACAGCAGGAGGAGCAACAACUUCUUUUGUAUUGGUGAUGGAAGUAGUCGGACCGCAACAAAGGACCAUCCUCGGAGUUGGAAUACAGUUUGGUUGGGCUUUGGGUUACGUUUUGUUAAGUGGCUUGGCAUGGUUUAUCCGAGACUGGCGGGUUCUCCAGCUUGCUAUUAGUCUUCCAUGGUUGUCAUUGGCUGCCUACUGGUGGCUUCUUCCUGAGUCCCCCAGGUUUUUCUUAACUCAUAACAGAAGUGACGAAGCCGAAAAAGUGUUGGAAAAUGCAGCUAAAGAAAAUGGAAGGGACGUCGCUACCGUCAGAUCGAAAUUAAGAAUUCUGUGUGAUUUAAUUGCAAAGGAAAAUGGCAGUUCUAACAAAGGAACGGCUCUAGACUUGUUGAAAACUCCGAAUAUGAGAAAGAAAACUCUAAUUAUUUACUUAAAUUGGUUCGUAGAUGCCUUCGUGUAUUUUGGAUUAUCCUUUAACACUAACAACCUUGGGGGAAGCGCUUUUGUAAACUUCUUAAUCGCUGGAAUUGUAGAAUUCCCCUCGACUCUAGUCACAAUGUUCACUCUGAAGUAUCUGGGUCGUAAGAAGCCUCUCAUUGCAACCAUGAUGCUAGGUGGUCUGGGUUGUCUGCUAUCCAUACCUGUCCCAAAAGACUUGAUUUGGAUGAGGAUCACUGUAGCUAUGAUGGGAAAGUUCUGUAUAGCUGCUUCUUUCGCAACAAUUUACGUUUAUUCCGCAGAAAUUUACCCGACUGUGGUGCGAAACAUUGGAAUCGGCAUUAGUUCCACCUUCGCUCGGAUUGGUUCUAUUGUUGCCCCAUUCGUGAAAGAAAUAGGAACGGCUACUAACCCAGGAGUUCCUUUGGCGAUUUUUGGAAUAAUGUCUGUAGUUGCCGGCCUUACUGUCAUUAUGCUCCCAGAAACUAACAAUCUGCCUCUACCUGACACGCUGGAGGAAGGCGAAGCGUUUGGAAAAAGUACUGAAGAAAAGGAAGAGACGCGCCCUCUGCUGGUCAGAGUAUAGAGAACAGAUUUAUAUUCUAAUAAUGGUUGGGGACGGCAUUAUUAGUCUCAAAAGUGGGUUCCUCGUCAUCGGAUUUAUAUUCCUUAUGUGAUACAUCUUCUCAUUUCGUGUGCAGCUGGCUGUUUCGAGAAGACUAGCUCGUUUUUAAACCAGUUCCAUUAAGUCAGAUAUAACAAAGUUAUUGUAAAGUAUUUAGGUUUUAUGAAUGUUUUAUCUGACUAAAAGAAAAGCGAAAUAUGAAUCUCCUUCACUUUUAUUUAAAGCCUGUACAUACUGAAAUAAAAUAGAUGAAACAUGA